GCCAGACAGACUCAUCUCCCCUUUAACUUUUCAUCAGCAGAGAUGGCCAUGUCCCUGGCUCGCACCGCCUGCAGCGGCGUCGCUGCUCCCCGCAGCGCGACCACCCGCGUCGCUGCAGCCCGGCCAGCUGUUCGCCCAACCCUCAGGACUGUGGGGCAGAAGGCUCCCGCUCCCAGCCGAGGUGUUGCCACCAAGGCCAUCAAUGAGCUGGCCAUGAUUGCUGGCGAGGGCGGCUUCAUUGCCGGCACUGCCCUGACCAUGGUCGGCAUCACCCUCGUGGGCCUGGCUAUUGGCUUCGUUCUCCUCCGCGUGGAGUCCUUGGUUGAGGAGGGCAAGCUCUAAGGAAAGCAGCAUUUCGUUCGUCUUUGCUGGGGAUGCAUGGGGUCUUAUGGCUGGUGAACAACGCUGCCUGAUCGCAGGCACGUUGAUCGAAGGGGCGUAUUUGACGCGUAUUUUUGGGUGCCCAGCCUCUUGGCUGAUUUUCCCGUCGCGCGGCUGUAAUUCGCCGCAAGUUUGGUUGUAACGUCUCAGUGCGCCG